GCAGUAUCACUUAAGUAUUCGACGCGUUAGGAUCGGUUGUUUUUGAAACUCUCGGUGUUCGUUAAAACGCAACAUUGUUCAACAUUGUUCUACUUGUCAACCAAUCGUUUCGCGUGUUAUCAAUUUUUUGAACAUAAAUAAAGAGAGUGAAGAAAAAAAGGGGGCUCAUUUUGGAAGAUAUAUUGGAAGUGUGUGUGAAAAAUAUAAAACGAAUAGACAAUAACAAUGAUGCAAGAUUAUUGUAAAAAGACUAUUAUUAUUCAUUUUGAUUAUUCAUCUGACAACGUACGAACCAAAUUAUUUUUACAAAUGUUCAAUAAUUAUACUUUGAAAAAAAUGUUUCCAUUGGAAGAGUACGAACUAAGCUCGUAAAAUAAAUAAGUGACAACCCCCUACCCCCUACCCCUUAAUCACGCGAUUAUAUUAUUAUUAUUAUUAAAAUAUGUUAUUUUUAUUGUGUGGAUAAAACAUAACUUUUUUUUUUUUGAGACUCCUGAAAGAAGAUAGAAGAGGACAAAAAAUUGUACCUGUGCACGGCAGGUGAUUCCAGUUAGUUCCUCAUUUAAAGGGAGUGUACCUUCGUACGAAAAACUACACCCACCGAGAGUUGACCGGAUCAGCUGUUCUCAUCGGGUGACGGAUUCUUCGAUUUCUCCAGACGAUCCCGAUGCUGCUCCACAAAACACACCUGCGGAUCAUUCGUACUUCCGAAAUUCCUUUUAUUACGGGCGUAAGUCCAAAGGACAAUGUUGUCGUACAUGUUACCAACGGAGGACAAACCACCGCCUGGAGAACCGAAUCAAAAUCAUCAAAAAACCCAAGGAAAUUAUCGAAACACAAGCAGCACCAGUACCAGUACCAGCAACAGCAGAUUACACAAAAAUCCACGAGACCAAUAUCAACAACAACACCACUAUCAACAACAACAAUACCAUCAACAACAACAACAACAACAACAACAAUCACAAGCAAUUCGGCAAAAAACAACGGCCUCUACUAUAGCAAAUACAUCGACAUCACCGAAAAAAUUUGUAGACGGAAAUAUUAGAACUAUGAUAGUUUCUAAUAAAAUUGAAGAUCAUCAUCAACAACAACAACAACAACAACAACCACCAAGUUCGAUGGAUCGUCAUCAUCAAUCUCAAUUUCAAUUCCAACAACAACAACAAUAUCAGAUACAACACUCCUUGUCAUCGGAAAGUCCAAAACACAAUGGUACUUUGGUAACCAAAAAAUCAACCCUACACAAUUCGAAUAGGGUUACUAAGGAUGACAGUUUAUACAGUAUCGAUAGUGAUGCUAGUACUGUUGGUAGCGAUCGGAAGAAUAAAAUUCUCAACGGUGCAAAACAUGCCAGUCUCAAGAGAGUGUCCUUUGGGUCCAGUAAAGGAUCGAUGGUUGAGACUCUUGUUUAUGAGACUCCAGUUCAAGAAGAACCUGAGAUCAAUCAUUUUUUGGACCAUAAUGGCCGCUUACCCCCACCUAUGAUACCUGUACCUGACACCGACGAAGGCAGAGAAAAGGUACGCGUGUCGUUACUUGGUCCACAACCUUCACCUGCUACACCUGGUGUCCUAUUAUUGGAACCAAUUAUACCACCCAUUGGACACCCAAUCGAAAUGGCUGCGAUUCCUGCUGAACUUUUAACGACGCAUUCUGAACACACAACUCCUGCUUAUCACACGCAAAUCAGUACGGAUAGUGGUUGGGAUAAUCCAUUCAGGCCGGAUGGUGAUUUAUCAAGAGAAGCUGACGAGAUAGUAGAAUUGAUAAAGGGUGGUAAACCUAUCACCCCAACACCAGGACAAACUGCACCACCAUUACCAGGAUGCGAAGAAACGGGCAAGACAACGCCAAUUGGUGGUGGUGGUGUAGGUGCUGGUGGGGAUCACGAUUCAAGUUCCAGUCCUCUUCUCAAAUCAAAUGCAAAUUCGACGAAUCGUCAUUCAAAUGCAUCCCCAAGAUUGAAUCAAGGCAAUGGGAAUGCUCAUGGCACACCUAUCAAAUCUUCUACGGCUGUUAACAGUCAACUUGGUAACAAGGAGAAGUUGGCCCAGGUUCGAGGACCGUAGAAGUUGCAAGAAUGACUGCACAAGGUCCCGGUGAUGCAUCGCAGGUCGAGCAUGUUACGUUGAAGAAGAAGCC